AUGGUAACAGGGGUGGAAGCAGCUGGACUCGUCCUAGGAGCCAUUCCUCUUAUCAUAUCUGCCCUUGAGAACUACGAGAACUUGUCAGCUCCCACAAACGCUUUUAUUCAUUGGAAACGGCACUUGGGAAGGUUGAUCCGAGAGCUAUAUUCAAUACACACCUCUUACGAACAAGCCGUUCGUCUCCUACUGAAGCCAUUUGCCGACCUCGCGGACCAAACCACGAUGAUGGAGGAUCCCCAAAGCAAAUUGUGGAGAGAAGGUGACGUCGCUAACGGUCUACGCGAAAGGCUGGGGCCGGUCUACGGCCCAUUCAUAAUUACCAUAGAUGAAGUGUCAGAGAUCCUGGUCGAGAUAGCAGCGUGUCUCAAUAUCCCUGGGUCACAGCAGGUUUUCACAAGUAAGAAUCUCUUGCCGAUUGUCUCUUGUAACUCACAGAUCGGCAACACUCCGUUCCUUCACAAGAAUUUCGAAUUUGGGCUGAGGAUCAAGUUUACUAUGAAGAAAAACAGAGUAAAAGCCGCGCUAGAGCGUUUGGAGGCUUGCACGAGGAUGAUCGAUGCCUGGACUACUAGAGCCGACAAGCUGCAGGAUGAGACACCACCGAGUCAUAAGAAGCUGAAAUUUUCUGCAUCAUUGGGCACCAUCCAAGCGAAUGCGACGAAGGUACAUCAAGCAAUUUCGAGAAAUUGGUGUGACAACAACCCUGUACAUGUCGCUCGGCUGCUUCUCGAGCAACGGCUGGUGAGGUCAAAGAAAAGGAAGAGGCCCUUGCAAGCUGCAAGCGUGGAGUUGGUGACGCAGGCGACUUGUUUUGGGUUGAGUCUUCGUGGGGACUGUAACGCAUCUUCUCAGUGGUUAAAUUCUGAGAUAAGGAUUGACGAACUCUCUUCUAGGGUGGGAACAGUUCGCGUGACGAUAUCAGUUCCAGAGGACGAGCACGACCCUGCAAAUUUACAAAACAUCACAAGUUUAUGCAAAGUCAUUAGGGAACCUCCACAUCCACCUGUGGUAUUCUGCCUCGAUGAUAUGGGGUGUCUGAAAUCACAAUCAUCCUUGAAAGAGGCUACUACUGAAUACGUCCACCAAUCUCUAUCUCUCGAGGCCCUGCUUCCGCACUUCGAGUCCAAACUACCCAUAAAAGAAGUGUACGGACUCGCAAUCACCUUGAUAGCUUCGAUCUUGCAGCUCAGUCAUACACCAUGGCUUGAGAGCAAAUGGAGUAAAAAAAACAUAGUGUUCACAAGAGCAAACAUCCACAUGCCAUUGAUUGCCGACCUAAGUUAUCCUUCCUUAGUAAAGGAAUUUUAUCGGGGUGCCGAAAUUCGACGGCCCUAUGGUACCCCAAUCAACAGAACCGGUUCGAACUUGCUUGACUUAGCGAUUAUGCUGCUUGAAAUAAGUUCUGGGCGGCCUGUUGAGCAAAGGAUUGGAGAUGAUCAAAUCACUAAUAUCCUACCAAAUGAUCAACUUGUUCUCCAACUAGCAGAAGGAUGGCUCAAGGAGGAAAGGUCUCAUGGGAAGUUAUCAUGUGCCUUCUCCCAGGCUAUUUUGAUCUGCCUACAAGAAUACCUCAACCCCGAUGCAAACUUCGAUGAUGAUCAGUACUGCAAUGUCUUCAAGGAAAAGGCUCUGGUGCCACUUGAAGAGGAAAUGGAGUUCCUACUCUUUGGACCCCCUAGGUAA